CGACUAGACUGUUCUUUGAUGUCGUCAUAGAUAAAUCACAAGUGAAAAAUGUCUGUUUAUUAUGGCCAAUGCCCGUAAACCGAUAAUGUGCUAUUCGUGAUCGUUACUCUGAGGUUAUCAACGUCAAAAUGGCUGAUCAGAGACCUACGCCUAGGGAUGAAGACAUCCCAGGCGGUUUCCCCGUUACGCCAAGCGUCAACUCGAUUACCCCAAUGGGAAACGCUGAUAGACAGCUUGAGGCCGGGUUUGCGGGCCGUGAUACUGCGGCUGCGGCUGCGACGUAUGAUACUGUCACCGCCGGCAGUUCAGCCUCACCCGGUACAGCUGGGGCGUUAACCUCUGAGCCUCAACAGCCUAUCCUCGAUCGCAAUUCUUCUUCGAGCACUGUUCUUCCCCACCGCGAAUCAUCUGAAGAGCAGCGCAAGAGUACAUCCUCCAACGAUGAUGCGCCGGUCUUUGCCCCGAUCAAAUCUCACACCGAGAAUGAGGAACCGCCGCUUGAGAAACGCAAGUCUCAUCGUACCGAAGAUGAUCUCUUCCGCGUGCUCUCGCGUCGACGAACGAACGCCUCUACACCCGCUGAGAAAGAAGAAGCCAACGAAGAUAACGAGGAACUCGACCGUCUCAUGUCUCGCAUCUUCGGUCAAAAGCGCCAGGAACAAAGCGAAGAAGAGAAAACGCGUCACAGCGGUGUUAUCUUUCGCAACCUCACCGUUCGCGGCGUCGGUCUCGGUUCAAGUCUUCAACCUACAGUUGGCGAUUUCUUCCUAGGUCUACCGCGCAAACUGGGGAAAUUGUUCACCCAAGGACCUAAAGCUGCGAUGGCGAAACCACCCGUUAGAGACCUCAUCAGUAACUUCGACGGGUGCGUUAGACCAGGUGAACUCCUCCUUGUGCUCGGUCGUCCAGGUGCUGGAUGUAGUACGUUCCUCAAAACAUUCUGCAACCAGCGCGCGGGCUUUGAAUCCGUCGAGGGAGAUGUUACAUACGGUGGAACCGACGCAGCGACCAUGGCGAAAGAUUUCCGCGGGGAGAUUAUUUAUAAUCCUGAGGAUGAUCUUCACUACGCCACGCUGUCUGUCAAGCGCACUCUUACUUUUGCGCUGCAGACUCGCACGCCUGGUAAGGAAUCUCGUCUGGAGGGCGAAACGCGCCAAGACUACGUCCGUGAAUUUUUGAGAGUUGUUACGAAGCUCUUCUGGAUCGAACAUACCCUCGGCACAAAAGUCGGCAAUGAGUUUAUUCGUGGUGUCUCAGGCGGCGAGCGCAAACGCGUUUCUAUCGCUGAAGCGAUGAUAACGCGUGCUUCGGUGCAAGGCUGGGAUAAUUCCAGUAAAGGCCUUGAUGCAAGCACGGCAGUGGAAUACGUCAAGUCUAUUCGCGCAAUGACCAACAUGGCUGAUACAUCCACCGCUGUGUCGCUUUACCAAGCUGGUGAAACACUCUACGACCUUGUGGAUAAGGUCUUGCUUAUUGAUGAGGGAAAAUGCUUGUACUUUGGCCGCGCAGAAGAUGCAAAGAAGUAUUUCCAGAACCUGGGCUUUGAGUGUCCUGAGCGUUGGACGACGGCGGACUUUCUGACGAGUGUGACGGAUGAGCAUGAGCGCAGUGUUCGUGAGGGCUGGGAGGAUCGGAUCCCGCGCUCAGCGGGGGAGUUUGCAGAUGCAUAUCGUCGCAGCGAGGAUUACCAGAAGAACCUCCGAGACAUCGAUGACUUCGAAGGUGAUCUUGCAACACUAGCUGAAGAGCGGCGCAGGAACGAGAGUGAGAAGAGCAAGAAGAAGAACUACGAGAUUGCCUUCCACAAACAGGUCCUCGCCUGCACCCAUCGUCAAUUCCUCGUCAUGUUCGGCGACAAAGCAUCUCUCUUCGGAAAAUGGGGCGGUCUGCUAUUCCAAGGCCUCAUCGUCGGCUCCCUCUUCUACAACCUCCCCGACACAGCAGCCGGUGCAUUUCCCCGCGGCGGUGCCCUGUUCUUUCUUCUUCUCUUCAACGCCCUCCUCGCAUUAGCUGAACAGACUGCUGCAUUUGAGUCAAAGCCUAUUCUUCUCAAGCACAAGUCAUUCUCGUUCUACCGCCCUUCUGCAUUCGCUAUCGCCCAGACUGUCGUUGACGUCCCGCUUGUUUUUAUACAAGUUAUCAUCUUCAACGUUAUUAUCUACUUCAUGGCGAAUCUUGCGAGAACGGCGUCGCAGUUUUUUAUAUCGAAUCUCAUUCUUUGGUUGGUCACCAUGGUGACGUAUGCGUUCUUUAGGGCUAUUUCUGCUUGGUGCGGGACGUUGGAUGUCGCGACGCGGUUUACGGGUGUUGCGAUUCAGAUUCUCGUUGUGUACACGGGAUAUCUCAUUCCGCCAGACUCGAUGCAUCCUUGGUUUGGAUGGUUACGAUGGAUCAAUUGGAUUCAGUACGGUUUCGAGUGUCUCAUGGCUAAUGAGUUCGCUUACCUCACACUCACAUGUGAACCGCCGUAUCUUGUCCCUCAAGGCCCGAAUGCACGACCUCAGAAUCAGGGCUGUACUCUCGCGGGUGCAUCGCCUGGUUCAACGUCUGUAUCUGGCGCGGCGUACAUCCAACAAUCCUUCACAUACACACGCUCCCAUCUCUGGCGCAACUUUGGCUUCCUCUGGGCAUUCUUCAUCUUUUUCGUGUUCCUCACUGCGUUGGGUAUGGAACUCAUGAAGCCCAACGUCGGAGGCGGGGCGAUCACAGUCUUUAAGCGAGGACAAGUCCCUAAGAAGGUUGAGGAGUCUAUCGCGACUGGUGGUAGAGCCAAGGGCGAUAAGCAAGAUGAAGAGACUGGUCGACGUGAUCCUGUCGCAAAUGGUGAUGCUGAACGGACAAAGAGCGAUGAACAGAUCACCCAAGAAGUCGCAAAGAAUGAAACCGUGUUUACGUUCCAGAACAUCAACUACACUAUCCCCUACGAAAAAGGCGAGCGAAAACUCCUCAACGAUGUUCAAGGCUACGUUCGCCCUGGUAAAUUGACCGCUCUCAUGGGCGCAUCCGGCGCUGGUAAAACAACCCUUCUCAACGGCCUCGCCCAACGUCUCAACUUCGGCACCAUCACAGGCGAUUUUCUCGUCGACGGGCGUCCCCUGCCUAAAUCCUUCCAGCGCGCAACUGGUUUCGCUGAACAGAUGGAUAUCCACGAACCCACCGCCACCGUGCGCGAAGCCCUCCAAUUCUCUGCUCUGCUCCGUCAACCGAAGGAAGUAUCCAAGCAAGAAAAGAUGGAGUACUGCGAGACUAUCAUUGAUCUUCUUGAGAUGCGCGAUAUCGCUGGUGCGAUUAUCGGCACUGUUGGACAAGGUCUUAACGCGGAGCAGAGGAAGCGCUUGACGAUUGGUGUUGAAUUAGCGAGUAAGCCGGAACUGCUUAUGUUCUUGGAUGAACCGACUUCUGGUCUUGACUCCGGCGCUGCAUUCAACAUCGUGCGUUUUCUGCGUAAACUCGCAGAUGCAGGCCAAGCUGUUCUCUGUACAAUCCAUCAACCCUCCGCCGUCCUCUUCGAAAACUUUGAUGAGCUUCUACUCCUAAAAUCAGGCGGUCGCGUUGUUUACCACGGACCUUUAGGCCAUGAUUCAGAGAACUUGAUCAAGUACUUUGAGUCUAAUGGCGGCCCCAAGUGUCCCCCGCACGCUAACCCAGCGGAGUACAUGCUCGAUGCGAUUGGUGCUGGAAAUCCUGACUACGAUGGUCAAGACUGGGGUGAUGUCUGGGCGGAGUCUUCAGAGCGACAGAAGCGAUCUCAAGAGAUUGAGGAGAUGAUUGAGCGUCGACGUAAUGUUGAACCGUCAAAGAGUCUUAAAGAUGAUCGCGAGUAUGCCAUGCCGCUAUCUACACAGACAUACGCCGUCGUUCGUCGAAGUUUCGUUUCGUUCUGGCGGUCACCUGAUUACAUCUUUGGUAACUUUAUGCUUCACAUCGCAACGGGGCUCUUCAACUGUUUUACCUUCUACAAGAUCGGCUUCGCAUCGAUUGACUAUCAGAAUAGACUAUUCUCCAUCUUCAUGACGCUUACGAUCAGUCCACCCCUCAUUCAGCAGCUCCAGCCCGCCUUUCUCAAAUCGCGCCAGAUAUUCCAGUGGAGAGAAAACAACGCCAAGAUCUACAGCUGGGUAGCUUGGACCACCGCCGUUGUCGUCGUUGAAAUCCCGUAUCGUAUCAUCGCGGGCGGUAUUUACUUCAACUGCUGGUGGUGGGGAGUCUUUGGCUGGCGCGCGUCAGCCUUUACAUCUGGUUUCGCAUUCCUGCUCGUUCUGCUCUUUGAGCUGUACUACGUCUCCUUCGGCCAAGCCAUCGCUGCUUUUGCACCCAACGAACUCCUCGCAUCUCUCCUCGUCCCCAUCUUCUUCCUCUUCGUCGUUUCCUUCUGCGGUGUCGUCGUCCCGCCUCAAGGUCUCCCCACUUUCUGGCGCGAAUGGAUGUACUGGCUCACUCCCUUCCACUACCUCCUCGAAGCGUUCCUAGGCGCUGCGAUUCACGACCAGCCUGUUCGCUGCGAGGAGGGUGAAUUCGCGCGCUUUGAACCGCCGAGCGGGCAAUCGUGCGAUGAGUACGUUGAGCCGUUUAUCAAGCGCGCGGGAGGGUAUGUUACUACUGGAUCAGAUGGGUACUGUGAGUUUUGCCAGUAUGCGACUGGCGAUGAGUUUGGAGCGGGGUUCAGUGUGUACUACAGGAACAUCUGGAGGGAUUUUGGCAUUUUCUGCGCUUUUAUCGCGUUUAACUAUGCGGUGGUUUACUUUGCUACAUGGAUGCGGUUCAGAGGGAAGAAUCCGUUCAAGGGAUUGUUGCAGAAGAGGAAGGCUUAGUUGAGAUGGCAGGAGUUAGUAUGGUGAUGACUUGGUUGAGUUUGUUGUAAUAUGGAAGUAGGUGGCCUAGAUUGUUUACAUGCAUAGAAUAAAUUGAUCGUGUUGCGCAUUGAACCGGUA